AAAUAUCAAUGUGCGACAUCUGUUUUAAGUAUUUCUGUUGCAUUAUCAUUUAUGUAUUCUAUGUAAUUUUGAUGACUUGUGAAGAUCAGCGAAGAAACAAGAAGAAGAAAAGCGUGAAGCCCAGCAGAUCCGCAGGCACAGAAUGUGAAGCUGCGAGACAAGUCGGAGUAGAUCUUGAAGGAUCUGACCUGUGGAAGAGAUUUCAUGAGAUCGGCACAGAGAUGAUCAUCACCAAAGCUGGGAGGAGAAUGUUCCCCUCGCUCCGAGUCAAGGUGCACAAUCUGGACCCCCACCAGCAAUACUCCAUUGCCAUGGACAUCACGCCUGUGGACUCAAAGAGAUACAGGUAUGUGUACCACAGCUCUCAGUGGAUGGUGGCUGGGAACACGGAUCAUUCCUGCGUUCCUCCUCGUCUGUAUGUUCACCCGGACUCGCCGUCUUCAGGACACAGCUGGAUGAGACAGAUCAUCAGCUUCGAUCGAGUCAAGCUCACCAACAAUGAGAUGGAUGACAAAGGCCAUAUCAUCCUGAAGUCGAUGCACAAGUACAGGCCCCGCAUACACGUGAUUGAGCUCAGUUCUCUGGAGACUCUGGUUUCUCUGCCGGAGGAUGGCGUCUGCUUCUUCUCCUUCCCUGAGACUCAGUUCAUCACAGUCACAGCCUACCAGAACCAGCAGAUAACGAAACUGAAGAUCGACAGGAAUCCUUUUGCCAAGGGCUUCAGGGAACGAAAUGGAGGCGUGCUGGAGUCGUAUGCAUGGCACAGUCCCUUUAACCUCCACUUCAAAUCUUUUGCUAUGGAGCUACCGGGUAUGUUUCAUUUAGUUAUCAUUUCAGCUCAAAUGUUCAUUAACAAUAGUUUCCAUUAAGAGCCGUCGUGCAUUGCUGUGAUGUUG